AUGUCGCUCAGGCCAAAUGCGAGGACGGAGGUGCGCCGCAACCGGUACAAGGUGGCGGUGGACGCCGAGGAGGGCCGCCGGAGGAGGGAAGACAACAUGGUGGAGAUCCGGAAGAGCAAGAGGGAGGAGAGCCUCCAGAAGAAGAGGAGGGAGGGCAUGCAGGCCCAGUCGUUCCCCGCCGCUGUCCACGCAUCCGCCACGGAGAAGAAGGUAUGAAUCUGACGUAUUACGUUUUCGAUCUCUCCCUUUGUGGAUGCGACUGGCUAAAGUCAGCGGACUUGGUCUUGAAUCCCCUCAAAAUUUUGUCGUUUUUUACACAUAGGAGCCUCGAUCCGUAUCAAUUUGAUUAUUGUCAUAUUUUUUAUCAUGGUCAUCCUUGUGAUUUAUUAUGACCACUGUCUGAAUCUCAAGCUUGAGAGUCUUCCGGCAAUGGUAGCCGGAGUGUAUUCGGAUGAUACCAGUUUACAGCUCGAGGCCACAACCCAAUUCAGGAAACUUCUCUCGAUAGGUAAAGUUCGACGAUGUUCUUUCUUGCGUAUUCCAUUUCUGGUCUCUACUUGAACAAAUUUUCGUUACCGAUGCUCAGAGAGAAGUCCUCCAAUCGAGGAGGUCAUCCAAUCUGGCGUUGUUCCUCGCUUCGUUGAAUUUCUGACUAGGGAAGAUUUCCCUCAGCUUCAGGUCUGAAACUACAUCUCGGAUCUUGUAAUGAACAUAUGUUUCACGCUAAUUAUUUACAAUGGUGCACAUAACCAUAAUUUUGUAUUUUAUCGAACAGUUCGAGGCAGCUUGGGCUCUUACAAACAUUGCUUCCGGUACUUCAGAGAAUACUAAAGUCGUAAUUGAUCAUGGAGCGGUACCAAUAUUUGUUGGUCUUCUUAAUUCUCAAAGUGACGACGUCCGCGAGCAGGUAUGUCUCUCACAAGCGUGGAGUGCUUGUGAGGACUCUAUUUCUCAUCCAUUCGCGGGAAUACGAUUGUUAUUCACCUUAUGUUCUCAUCCACGUGUCCUUUUAAAUUCAUUUUUCAUAGGCUGUGUGGGCGUUGGGAAAUGUUGCCGGUGAUUCCCCCAGAUGCCGAGACCUUGUUCUGGGUCAGGGCGCAUUGCUACCACUGCUGAAUCAACUAAAUGAGCAUGCGAAGCUUUCUAUGCUGAGAAAUGCAACAUGGACGUUAUCUAACUUCUGCAGAGGCAAGCCACAGCCUUCUUUUGACCAGGUGUGGCUUCUCGUUGUCAAUAUGUAGGGUUUUGGUACUAUAUUUCUGGCCCUGUACAUGUCAGUAAUCUACAUUGGCUUUUCAGACAAAACCUGCCCUUCCUGUGCUUGUUCGGCUCAUUCAUUCGAAUGAUGAGGAAGUUCUGACUGAUGCUUGUUGGGCACUCUCAUACCUUUCUGAUGGAACGAAUGACAAAAUUCAAGCUGUUAUUGAAGCUGGAGUUUGCCCUCGAAUCGUUGAACUCCUUCUGUAUGUAUUGGCACGUGUUUAUUCUGCUAAAUUUGUUAUCAUCGUUGGCCGUAAUCGUUUUAUUUUGAUGUGCCAGUCUUCCCACUGCAUAUACUUAAGUAACUUAAUUUUUUUUUAUUUUUUAUGAUGUUACUAUCUCCAGUCAUCCUUCACCUUCGGUGUUGAUUCCUGCCCUUCGAACAGUUGGCAAUAUUGUUACUGGAAAUGAUUUACAGACACAGGUAUGAUUUGCUAUAUGAAAUUGAUUUUCAUUCUAUUUUUCAUGUUGAAUAUAUGUUCUACUUACAUGGAAGAGCGUAUCCUACUGUCCACAUCUGCAUGGAUACAGUCGAUUUAUCUUUGAAGCUCACUUGUUGCCGUGAAAGAAUGCUUUUGGUCAUUAGGUUCAUUGUUUGAUGUUCUUACAUCAUAAACAUGGCACACUAUAUCAUGUUAACUUACACUUUAAUGGUUAGUGUACUCGGAGGAUGUUUGAAAGGGUUAUGGCAUUUUUUUAGUUUCAGACGCUUGUUCGUUAAAGUUAGAGUCAGGACAGGUUGAGGUGUCGCCAAAUAGCAAUAUUCAUUUACCUGCUUGACGCUCAACCAAUUACCUCAGCGUAUUGUGUUCAAGACUCUUUGACGUUGAAAAGGGGUGAUUUCUCUGGGGUUAUCAUGUGAACAUCCUGUGAGAGAGCUGCAGAGGAUUGAAAUGGAGGUCUCUAUUGGUGAUAUCGUUGGUAUUGCUGUGGUCGAGGUCGAUAGGCUGUUUAUUUCAAGCUAAUUUGGGAUCUGAACACAAAGAAGCUGCCUGCAAUCAAGGUGCAUGAGCCUGACACUAUUUGUUGGUCUGGGCAUUAGGCAGCAAAGCUGUUUACCCUCUAUUGCUUGCAUUAAUCGUGGGUAGUUAGGAGGGUGAAGAAUAACGGUGAGGCCAUUUAAACCUCUUUUAAGGGUAACCUUCUCUCCUGGCAUAUUGCGGUGUAACUUUUUUGGGCAAUGAAGAGAUAUUGAUUGGCAAACGAGGGCAUGGUUGAAGGAGACGAUGGUUUCUGGAUGAUCAUGAAGUUAUUACACUUAUAGGUCUCAUUCCAUGUCUCUGAUGCUGUGUUUGUUAAGGACUAAAAUAAAUGCUCCAAAAUUUGUGAAGAUUGGGAAUGAAUGAAGAACUAGAGAGGAAAAUAAAUUGCAUUUAGAUUGAAUAAAAUAAUUUUCAUGCCAUAGCUUGACACUGGAGGCGUAAAUUGCCUAAUUAAGCUGUUUUGACAGAUUAUCUAGAGUUGUAGGGGGCACUAUUAGAAACUUGUAUAUUAUGUAUGAAGCACCCUGUUAGGUUUGAUUAUGGUUAACAAAUUCUGCUGUAUCCUUUUUCCUGCUUGGAUUGCUCACUCCAUGUUCUCCUUUGUUUUUCUGUUAAAUGAUGUGCAGUAUAUUGGAGUCUUUCUAUUCCUACGUGAUGCCUUGACGUUGACUUUUAAAGUUCAUGAUUUUUUUACUGAAAAAAAGUAGAAUAAAUGCUUUGAUUUCAUCUCCGUGGUUAUACUGUGCAAUAUCUAUGAGAUAUGUGAGGAUUGGGAUUUAGUUCUGUUCUCCGUGGAUAAUGUGGUGUUAGUUAGGUAUCAAUCGUCUAAGUGGGAUGUAAUCAUCUGAAAGUGGCAAUAACACAACGACUGUCCUUGGUAUAGGCCAUCCUCCACCCUUAACCCUUUUGGUCCAGGAUUUCCUGCUGGGAGAGACAUCGACUGGGUCACAGUAAUCAUCCAGUCACAUAGUCUUAAAAUCGGUCUAUUCUGAUCUGGAUUGGAAUCAAUGGUUGCCAGUUCAGUUUCAAACAUGGAGGGUUGUCACCCUUCUGAUACAUUCUGGAAUGACACUCGCCCAGCGCUCAGCCGCUACCUAAUUUGUCUCCUUUUCUCUUCUUUCUCUGCUUAUUUCUCCACCACCCACUCUAACAAAUGUGAGGUUGGAUCUGGAGCAUCCGUCACUGUUGCGCCGUUAUGAGACAAAAUCCUCACCCCCAGAAGUGAACAAGAAAGAACAACAACAACACCGUUUUGAAAUGCUCCAUGACUCCCAUGAGAGUUUUCAUACAAACUGAUGGAAGCUUUUAUAUCUAACUACAUAACCCGGAUUACUUUGCUCGUCCCAUUUGAUGAUAUUUUUAUGAAUAUUUUCCAACUUGGUUUCUGAUUAACUACAAUCUGCUGUGAUAAUACCUUAAGAAGGUAGAUUUUUCGCAAUAUGCUGUCUAAUUUCAUGAUUGAAAAGUCUUAUGGUAUAUUUACGACUUGUCUGAUUCCUGUGCUUCGAGUUGCCAUCUCAGCAUCCUCCACUUAAGAUAGAAGUCCUCCAAGUAUUUAGGAAGCAUUUUUUCAACAGUUUUCCGAUAUCUUGUGAAAAAUUUCUUCAGAUUGCUGUGGCAGGUGCUUCUUGCCGCUAAUUAAAAUAAACCCUUUUUUUCUUUUUCAGUAUAUCAUCGAUAAUCAAGCUCUCCCCUGCCUUCUUAAUCUCUUGACUCACAACCACAAGAAAAGCAUCAAGAAGGAAGCUUGCUGGACGAUUUCGAACAUCACCGCGGGAAACAAGGAGCAGAUACAGGUGCUGUAGAAUCUUUGCCAUAUUCGGAAAAUCCUCUUUUUUUUAUUAAAAAGAAGAGCAUCGAGGCCCAUUCUUGUUUUUUUUUCUUUUUUUUAUUACUUGAUUUGAUUCUGUUCUGGAACCAGGCUGUGAUCAACGCGGAAAUAGUCGGCCCCCUCGUCCAUCUGCUUCAGAUCGCCGAGUUCGAGAUCAAGAAGGAGGCUGCCUGGGCCAUCUCCAACGCCACCUCUGGGGGAACCCACGAACAGAUAAAGUACCUCCAGUCCACGUGUUGACCAGCCCCAGCAAACCCCCCCCCCCCCCCGGGCCCCCUAUAUGACGUCAUUUUAUUUACUUCCUCACCCCCGUUGACCGCAGGUUCCUGGUCAGCCAGGGCUGCAUCAAGCCGCUGUGCGACCUCCUCAUCUGCCCUGACCCGCGGAUAGUCACCGUCUGCCUGGAGGGCCUCGAGAACAUCCUCAAGAUCGGCGAGGCGGAGAAGAACCUAGGCAAGACGGAGGGAGUCAACGUCUACGCCCAGUUGAUCGACGAUGCUGAAGGGCUGGAGAAGAUCGAGAACCUCCAGAGCCACGACAACACCGAGAUCUACGAGAAGGCCGUCAAGAUCCUCGAGACCUACUGGCUGGAGGACGAGGACGACGCCAUGCCCACCAACGACGGCGGCGCCGGUGUCGGCGCCGCCCAGCCCGGCUUCGGCUUCGGCAGCAGCGAGGUCCCCGUGCCCUCCGGCGGUUUCAAAUUCGGCUGA